CCUUCACUGAGAUCCUCAUGCCCUUUUUGUCUCCUCAGAUUUCUAUCGUUAUUGAAAUGCAAAUAGAGAUACCAGUACUUUCAUUCAUUUCUGCGGCACUUGUUCUCUUUCCAUUGCCUUGGUAUUGUCGGGCUGGCAACAUUGCCGCAAUGUCUAUUGGAAUGUGGCUAUCCGUCGUAAACAUGAUCAAUGCUAUAGAUGCCCUCCGGUGGACUGGGGUCUACCAAAUACCAUUUUUAUUUUGGUGUGACAUCACUUCAGCGCUGAUGACAGCCGUAAAUGCAGCGAUACCCGCGGCGUGCCUCUGCAUUUGUAUUCACCUGGAACGGAUGGCAUCUUUCUGUCAAACCUCCACCCCUGUGACAAAACGGCGCCGUAUCUUACUUGAAUGUUUAAUGUGUUUCGGAGUUCCAUUAGUAUAUGCAGCAUUGCAUAUAAUUGUUCAACCUCGACGCUUUGAUGUGUAUGAAAAUUUUGGAUGUCGCUCGGCGAUAUAUCCCACUGUGGUGGCUUUGUUCGUGGUCUGGAUACCACCGCUUGCACUUUCUUUUCUUACUAUCGUUUUCUGUGGAAUCACUUGGCAUCACUUUCUCCUUCAUGGCGUCCAAUUUUCGAGGACACGUCCAUCUUCCUCGCUUACUUCUGGAGCCUACAUUCGGCUCGUCAGUAUGGCCGUUUCUGAAGUCAUUUGCACUAUUGCUGCGACUGUAGUAGCGAUGUCAUUUAAUCUAAGCUCAGGGCUGGCACCAUGGGCGGACUUCACCCGAGAUUUGACGAAGGUCUCGUCGUUCAGCUCUGCUGCGACACCUAAAUCGAUUAACGCGAUGCUCAUCGCUGAAUGGGCGAUUAUUGUUGCGCAAUCGUUCUUCUUCAUCGGAUUGUUUGUGCUCGGAGGGGAAGGGCGCAGUCGAUUGCAUGAGGCUGUACAGGUGAUGCGCAGGGCUCUCAGUUUCUGUGAGAGACGAUCUACGUGUAUCGCUGAACUCAAAGGUACGUUCAUGACAGAAUGCGACCUGACACCAGUUCGGUCACUGACCGUCCUUGAGCUCAAGAGCACCGCAUUUCAAUCUAGUACAGUAUGCACUUAUCAUGGUUACUCAUCCGAGAAACCUCUUCCGCCUCCACCUGCCCCCUUGCGUCCCGCAUCACUCGACCUUACAAAUGCAAAGAAAUUGGAAGAAAAUUCUGAAUUUCUUAGUCCUGCACUCCUCCCUCUCGAAUCACCUUCCAACUAUUCUGCUAUCGCAUCUUCGCACAAUUCUCUCCAAUCAAAUUUUGAUCCGCAACAAUUUAAUUUACUUUCGACGCAGUGGCCUGAACCCCCAUCAACAGUCCUUGUUCGACCACGCCCGGCGAGGUCCCCCAGCAUGAACUUUCUCCACAUUGAAGGUUCACCGUUUUAUGGGUCCGCAGUGCCACAUAAUCACUCGAGGAAUUCAAAGAAUCGUAACGCUAUCUACAUGACGGUGGUUAGGGAGGUCCAAGGAACGUAUUAGCUGUGGAUUUUCUUUCCUCAUAUACCCCUUCCAUUAUCUUUUGCAGUCAUUGACGUUAUGGUGUAUAGUAUUAUAUGUAACAUGUUGCUGACCUCUCUCAUCCAUAUUCCCGAGUCAUGAAGCAUCGUUGUUAUUUUCUUCGCCUUGCAUGACUUUUUUGUUGUGUUUCUGUACUCCAGGUUUACUGACAGUUUGUAUCUAUAAACAACGUGUAUUGCAUUUUUUUUUUAUCGGAAUGUUAAUGUUCAAGCGUCUCAAUACUCUUUUUUUCUCGUAUACUUUAGGUCCCACUAGUUGAGAGCCUAUUUUAAUAUAUGACCAACAGGUAUUUAUUACAGUUUUGUCGAAACG